AAUGCGUACUUCACCUGCUGGACGUUUAUUACUAACUUGUAUUUGUUCGUUCGUGUUUCCGUUAUUUUUGUUGCCAAUAUUGGAAUACAAUUCUGAACACGACGAAAUGAAGUUUGAUUUUCAUGAUCGAAGAAAUAUGGAAUUAAUAUUUAUUGGAGGAAUGCAUCGUAGUGGCACAACGCUGAUGAGAACAAUGCUUGAUGCCCAUGAUGAUAUACGAUGCGGCCCUGAAAUUGCAGUCAUAACUGAUGUGUUGUUUUUGAGAGAGGAAAUUUCAAAUGAUCCAUUAAUUGCCUCAUAUCUUUCCAACAUUGACGUGUAUCCUGAAAUAACUGACAAUGCUGUUGCACAAUUUAUUCUGGAAGUAAUAAUUCGUCAUGGGCCACCGGCUAUUCGCUACUGUAACAAGGAUCCUUUUCAAAUGAAGUAUUCAAAAUAUCUCCAUAACUUGUUUCCAAACGCAAAGUUUGUUUUGAUGAUACGUGAUGGAAGAGCAAUGACUCAUUCUAUCAUAUCGAGAAAACUUAAGAUAUGGAAGUAUAACAUUGAUAGUUAUAGGGAAACGCUGUCAAUAUGGAACGAAAACAUCAAAAUAAUGUAUAAACAAUGUAUAGAGCUUGGUGACAAGACAUGCCUACUUGUACAUUACGAACAAUUAAUAUUACAACCAGUCUCAACUACCAAAAAAUUGUUUAAGUUUAUGGGAAUACCUUGGAGUAGUGCAGUUCUGCAUCAUGAAAAAUAUACGAAUGAAAGUGAUUUCUCAACGGCCGAGGUAUCCACUGAUCAAGUAUCCAAACCCCUGUAUUUGGCCGGACUCACACAAUGGUUUGGAAAUAUUCCGGAAGACGUAGAAAGAGAUAUGAUGAAAAUUGCGCCAAUGCUGAGUGUUCUAGGAUAUAAUCCAGAAGACAAGACCCCCAACUAUGGAGAACCAGAUGAGUUCGUCAAAGCAAAGAUUAAUAAAGAAAAGAAGAAUAACAUCACAAGUUAACGUCUUUAUAACGGGCUACACAACGCCGCAGUAUGGUUGCUUGAUCUCAUUGUAAUGAAAAUUGUUAAUACAUUUGCAAUAUAUUACAACUUACAUAUUAUUUAUACCAGAUAAUUAUGUUCAGUCGGACAGAGAUUGUAAUUGGCAAGUGUUGCUUUAUACCAUUAUAUACGGACUUUUAACGAUUCUAUAAUAUAUAUAUAUAUGCCAAAUCAUUAGGGCUACAUUCUAUCAGUAUUGCUGUGUUGUGUCACGGACCCUCUUUGAUAUCCGUUGUAAUACAUAUUUUUUUUAUUUCCCCCUAGACCAGUAGUUCUCCACCAGGGGCCGGUUGCCUCCCAAGGGAGCCACGACACAAGGCUAAUAAUUUAUUAUAAAGCGACUUCGUUUGCAUACUUUUCAUUUGAAAGAAAAUCCACCUCAGUUUUAUUACCUCAGUCACAAGGUGUAUUCACUUUCUUGUGUGAGCGAAUUGUUUGAUCAUAAUUGAAUUUUGAAUAUACUAAUCAGAAUAGUUUGUUAGUAGGCCAUCUAACCUGCAGACGAGCAGUUUCGCUAGACUGCGAGAUCACUGUCGAUAUUAUUACUGCAGGAGCCUAUAUGUAAAUUCCUAAUGCCCAAAAUACAAAAAUGGAACGACAGUUACGUUGGCUUUGUUGAUGACAUCGCUGCCGAUGUAUGCUAACAAGUUUGCUUUGAAAUCGAAGAAAAAGACUUUUCGAGUUUUUGGUUAUCCCUUUGCGAUUCUUACCUACUACUUAGUAAGAAAACUUCUUCAUUGCUAGUUCAAUUUGCCAGAACCUAUCUGCGCGAAACUAUUUUUUCUGCUCUUGUUACCAACAAAGCGAAGUCUGGGAACCGUCCUGAUCUUAGACAGUCCCAAGCGCAAGAUUCCCAUUGAUUGUUCAAUAAAAAGCUCUUGACUUACUUUUUGCCCGUGGUUUGUUUUUGCAUUCUA